GCCGAACUGCUGUUCUCCGCGCGCACCCGCCAUCCGGUGCACCCGCCUGAACUCCCGCCCUCCGCGAGCACUCGCACCCCGGCGCACCUGCCUGUACCUCAGAUUCCCGCGCGCACGCGCCCCCCAGCACACCAGCCAGCUUCCCGGCCCUGCCCUGCGCGCGCACCCGCCCCCCUCCCCUCCGGCACACCAGCCCGCACUCCCGUUCUCCGUGCGCACCUGCCUGUACCUCAGAUCCCCGCCGCCCUCCGCGAGGCCCCGACAGUCACAUCCCCGCCCGCAUCCGCCCCGGCGGCCCCCAUUCUGCCGGGGCUGCGCACUCCUGCCUCGCCCCCUUGUACACCCAGCCCUACCGUCUGGGCACACCUGGGCCCCCCCCGCCCUGCCUUCUUGCACACCCAGCCUCCCUCACACUCGGCGCGUUCCCCCACCCAGGCUGUGCCCACUCCCCACGCCUCCGCCUUCCCUACCACCCAUUGCCCCACGCCUCGCUGCCUCACAGACACCAGCCUCCCCCCCCACCCUUUCAAACGUGCCAAUUUCUUGCCUGCUCUCACCCACCCGUUUUACUCACCCUUGGCCGCUUCUGCACACACUGCUACCCCACGCCGUGCCCUUGUGCAUUCAUCGCCAGCCCUUCGCAAGCUCCUAGACCUGCCCGCACUCCCCCCUUGGUGCUAAGCUAGCCUGUCAUGCACUCGCAGCCCCUCACUCCGAGCCACGUGCUAAAUAGUGAACUCCCGCAGCCGAGCCCAGGCUAGAAUCCCACAGCCAGUGCCUGACCCCCUCCCCCAGCGCUUUACAGACCAGUCGUAGACUCAAUGGGUGGCUGCGUCAGCCCCCUGCAGAAAUGUGGUUAACAGACUGUGGUUUUCAUCUGGAGAACCUAAAGCAGUUCACAAAGAUCACCUGUAAAGAUUCCAGAGUCUGAACUGUGAGAGGGAGAUUUCUCUGACAGAUCCCCCACUAAAUCCAGUAAUGAUAAUCCUGGAUUUUGAACAGUACUGGACAGAACUCAGAGGAACUACGCUUUUCUUUUAUAGUGAUAAGAAAACUCCAACCUAUUUAGAGAAACUACAGCUGACGAAUUCGACAUCAGUAGUGAACGUUUAUCCAGAUGAAAAGUGCGGUGCACAGUUUAUCCUGAUGCUGAGAAAUGAGAAAGUGGAGCUGAAGGUCGAGGACUAUGACAGUGGGGAGGAAUGGAAAGGCUUUAUCCUCACAGUCACACAGUUGUCAGUUCCAGUGUGUAGGUCACUGCUACCUGGACAACUUAUUAAGCUGCAUGAGGUGCUAGAGAAAGAAAAGAAAAGGAGGACUGCAAUGGAAGAGUCACCCAGUGCAUCUUUGAGCACAGAGGAGACAAACAAUGGAGACUACGUUAAAAUACUGAACACUAUGCCAGAGUGCUUCUAUGCAGUGUCACGGCAGAAAGCGAUUGAGAUGUUAGAGAAGAAUCCUUCUUGGGGGAACCUGAUCCUGCGGCCUGGUAGUGACAGUAAGAACUACUCAGUCACUAUCAGACAGGUGAUAGAUGGUCCAUGCAUAAAGCACUACCGAGUGAUGAACAUGGGCAAAGGUUACACAAUUGAACUGUCAAGACCAGUUAUACGCCAGAGCCUUCAUGAUGUCAUUGAUUACUUUGUGAAUCAAACCCAAGGGAGCCUGAAGCCAUUUGUUACACACACGUAUGACAACAAAUUGGGUAUGCAGCUUGUUUCUACAUCUGAACUUUCUUUAGACCAUGCCCCAAGAGACAUACACCCGGUGAUUGUCUCUCAGCCCAGAGCCAAGCCUCCCCGGAGCCCUAUGCCUGAGAAAGAAACAGCACUGCUUCAGCAGUAUCCUGUAGCCAGAUACGUGCAUGAAACUCGUGGCAAAGAGAUGAAAGAAAGAGUGAAGAGACAAGCAGCUGACAGACAACGUGCAAAUCAACCCCUUUGAAGUGGAAAAUGUAGGAAGGAUGGACGUUUUCUUAGGGGAAAAAAGUCACAUUCUAGCCCCCAAAAUCCCUGUGAGCUAAAUUUAGUAGUACAGUCUCACCUUGUAUCAACAAAUCUCAGAAGCUGGUGGAAUAAAUUACGGCACAUUAAACUGGAUAUCUGUUUCCCAAGGCUUCCAGUUGGUCAAAACAAAGUCCAUCUCCAUGGCUCUAAGCACAUUUGUCUCAGCAGCCUUAUGAGACUUUCCGGGACACAGUAGAAUGAUCGCACCCCAUCUGACAGCCUCUGUGCUGUUGAGGAUGAAAGUCUCAGGGAAGGAGACCAUCCUACUGGAGCAGAGGGAAAUGAUCCCAUAGUUGGGACCCCCCUUCCAAAUGAUGUUGUGGUGUCCUCUCGCACUGAAGUUACUUCUCGGGGGGAGGGAACUCCAGUUAUUAGGAAGAGAUAGGUAAUAGUUAUGGAGGAUUCAAUCAUUCAACACAGAUAGCUGGGUUUGCAAUGACUGGCAGAACCACAUGGUGACUUGCCUGCCUGGUGUGAAGGUUGCG